UUCCAGCAUAUGGUCUCCAGCAUGGAAGCUGCUAAAGAGUGCUCACAUGGUUGUAGAAAUACUUCAGGGAAAGGGGAAGACAGGGGCUCACAAGAUGAUUUCGGACCGUCAGCGCUAGGAACAAAAGAAUACUGGGAUGAUGCCUACCAAAGAGAGCUGGAGACAUUCAAAGACAUAGGCGACGUGGGUGAAAUAUGGUUUGGUGAGGAAAGCAUGGACCGUGUGAUUCAUUGGCUGGAUAACGCCAAGAUCCCAGAAAAUGCUGCUAUUCUUGACAUUGGCACCGGAAAUGGGGUGUUAUUAGUUGAACUGGCCAAACAUGGAUAUACAAAUCUCAUGGGUAUAGAUUACUCUGCAGCCUCUGUCGGACUGGCCAGAAGUGUUCUGCAGGCUGAGGACUUAACUAACGUGACUUUAAAGGAGAUGGACUUCUUGAGAUGUUCCGGGGAGUUGAAGGGUUUUGAUGUCUGCCUUGACAAAGGAACGUUUGAUGCCAUAAGCCUAAACCCAGAUGACAGACACAAAAGCAAAGCAUGCUAUGUCCAGGCUUUAAGACAUGCCCUUAAGAAAAAUGGAUAUUUCAUCAUUACUUCCUGCAAUUGGACAAAAGAGCAGUUGCUACAGAGGUUCAGUGAAGGGUUUGAAUUUGUGCAAGAGCUACCCACGCCCAGUUUCCAGUUUGGGGGUAAGACGGGCAGUAGUGUCACAGCACUCAUCUUCAAGCGCUUACAUUGAUUCACCAGAUAACCAUUCCUCACAGUGGAUCCUGCCAUGCCAUAGAACUGAAUACCUCCAUUCAAAUAAACCUCUAUUUUACAU